AUGUCUAUGGACCAAAACACAUCAGGUAUUGAAAAUGCGUCUGACUUCUUGGAGGCCUUCAAUCAGCUGCAAGAAGGCGAAAAGACAGCGGAAAAACUCGAAAAAAUGCUCGAUCAGCUGGAAGUAAAGUUGGAUGAUUUACUUUCCCAAACACAGGACAUCUCAAACAGCUCGGAGAAAUCGAAUGGUGAAACAGAAUCCGAGCAUCAUGAAUGA